GGCAAUCUCGGAGGUAUGUGUUUGUGUGUUCUGCCCAGCCUAUGUUCUGCCCCCCACCCAAUCUUCACCUCUCAUGUUUAGUUACGUGGCGGCGUUUCACGUCACAUCCCGCGCAAUUGGAGCUCCAAACAUGUACCAGAAAUCCUCCCAAGAUUCUUUCAAAUGAUUACCAGAAAACAGUCUGACGAUCUCAUGUCCCACAGCUUCGGAAUGGCAGUACCGACUCACCUACUCCGAGUAUGCUGACGGUGCUGGAGGAGAAUGGCAGGACAUACCACGCAAUGAGUUCCGGGAAAUACCCGUUUCCCAACGACAUUGUCGAGCAGGAACGCCUUGAUUUCCAGCACCUCAUGUGGAGCGUAACGCUAGACGACAAGCUCUGCUUAUGUCCAAAGGGUACACAGAAAGCAAAGCGCGUGCUGGACGCCGGUACAGGCACCGGGAUCUGGGCAAUGGACUACGCGGACGAACAUCCAGAAGCCAAGGUCAUUGGUGUCGAUCUGAGCAACAUUCAGCCUAAAUGGACGCCUCCUAACUUGACUUGGGAACUAGACGACCUAGAGCAAGACUGGACUUGGUCUCAGCCGUUCGACUUCAUCUUUGUCCGCAUGCUAGCAGGGAGUCUGAAAAACUAUCAAGACUUUGUGAAUCAAGCCUUCGAGAACCUCGAACCAGGCGGCUACCUCGAAAUGCAAGACCUAACCCUCCCCUACCGCUGCGACGACGCCAGCCUAUCCCCAGAUUCGCCAAUCCAUAAACUCUCCGACCUCUUUCUGCGAGGCGGCCGCGUCACAGGCCGCCACAUGGACGCAGCCCCAACCUACGCCGCCAUGAUGCGCAACGCAGGCUUCAUCGACGUUGUCGAGACGCAGUUCAAGUGGCCCGUCAACGCGUGGCCUCGCGACCCGCACUUCAAGACGCUGGGGGCGUAUACGCACUGUAACCUCGAUCACGGGCUUGAAGGGCUUACGCUGGGGCUAGCGACGAGGAAUCUGAGGUGGAGUAAAGAGGAGACGCUGCUUUUUUGCGCCACGGUGAGGAAGAGUUUGAGGAGUCAUAGAGUGCACGCUUAUGUUCCUUUGUACGUGGUGUAUGGGCGGAAGCCGACGGUGGCGGAGAGGAAUGGUUCCAAUCCGCCAGACGGUAUACAGUAGCCUACGACGUUCUUGCUUGUUUAGGGAGUUGUCAAGACUAGGCAACGGUUAUAGACUUCAGAGUUGGCGGUUUGAUGGGACUUCCAUUUCGCAUAUGGAUCGUGGUGUUUAGGCGCAUUGCAUGGGGGGGGCAUCAUUCAUCAAUGGCGG